CUUUCCUUUACUGAGUUAGUAAUAGCAACAGCAAUAGCAAUUAGCUGAACCCCACACCACACACCCUCUUUAUUAUUUUCUCCUUUCCCUUCCCUUUGCUUGUGAGUCUGUCCCAACCCAACCAAACCCAUACCUCACCAAAAAUAUUCUCUUCUUUCUUUUCUUGAAUUCUCAUUCACUUCACUCACACACACCAUGAAAAUGAUGAUGACACUGACACUUCUCAUCUUGUUCACUCUCUUCAUAAUUCCUUCCAAUCUAUCUCUCCCUGUCCCUAUACCUGAUGCAGCAACAAUUCAACCUCUCAAACAAAAUCCAUCUUCAUCAUCUUCACAAGGAUUAACAAUCCCUGCCUUCCCAGAACAAGCUGAUGUUGCAAGAUGUCCAUUAAGUCUCUCAGAUGAACAUUUCAAUGGAAUCAAAAACGCAUGCUCUUCUAAAUCCAACAAACAUCAUGCUUCUUCUGAUUCUGAUCAUUACAAUCAACUCCACCGUAGUAGUCGAUGUUGUCCUGUUCUUGCUGCCUGGCUCUAUUCUGCUUAUUCAGCAACUGCUCUUGGUGGAGGAUUGGAACAUGGACACACCUCUUCUUAUGAUAUGCCUUUGUUACCAGAUGAUUCUGAAACAUGUGAGAGUGAUUUGGGAAAGGCUUUGAAACUUAGAGGAAUUCAACUUUUUCAACCAAAUGAGACUUGUGAUUUGGUUUAUUGUUAUUGUGGUAUUAGGCUUCACCCUUUGACUUGUCCUGAAUCAUUUAAACUUACUCAUAGUGGAAAUCUUGUUGGAGAUGAAAGUGUCAAGAGAUUAGAGACAAAUUGCUUGAGUAGUAGUAGUACAAAUGGAUUUCCUGGUCUAGGAGGUUGUUCUAAGUGCUUGCAUAGUCUCUAUUCGCUUAGAAAGAAGAGUUCAAAUUCAAGCAAAUCAGGAGAUAGAACAACCAAGAUACAUAACAAAGAUUGUGAACUAAUGGGAUUGACAUGGCUUCUAGCUAAGAACAGGAACGCUUACAUUCACACGGUUACUUUGGUUCUUCGUGCAUUGAUGUUGAAUCCUGAUGGUUCUGAUCCACAAUCAUGCACCCUCAAUAGUGAUGGAAUGCCUCUUGCUGUUGAUUCCUCUGAAUUGUAUGAUCAAUCUUCAUCAAUCAAAUUUCAUGCUCCAAUAUUUCUUUUACUAGUUAUAGUUAUGCAUUUCAUUCUAUUAUUAUCCACUUAUUAACUCAAAUGAGAACAAAAUGAUUCAUCCUCUCUCUAUCUUGGCAUUUGUAAAUUUCAAUCUUAGCUUUGGUGCCUAUAGUUACUAGGGGUGUAAUUUUUCUUAGUUAUUAAUUGAAAUUGAAAUUGAAAUUGGGGUGACAUGUUUUUUAUUAAUCGACCGAUUUUGCCGAUGAUUAAUCUCUUAUGUAUAACAUGAUGCAUGGUUUAUCACCUCUAGUGAAGUGAAGUGAAGUCUCUCCUCUCAAUCACAUUUUUUAAUAUCUGGGUUGAAAUCUUUGACACAAGAUUCAUAAAGUUUUAUAAUAUAAUUUUGGUAGGCCUGAACUAGAGCACUUAGCACUACCAUACCAUGUGCUUAUAGUGACUAGUGCAUUGUUUUGGUGGGACAAAAAAUUGGAUGUACUAUGACUAGUUUGGUUUCAUUAUUUUAGAGACAGUUGUGUGCUUCACGGGCUA